GGACUGAUCAUAGGAUCACAAACCGAGAAGUAGUCAUCUGGCUCCUAGAAAUAAACACAUUCAGUCCCUCUGCCCCAAUGUUGCUUCCUUAAUGAUAGAAUGCAACAGCCAUUUUAAGUCCUUUUAAUCUUUUCAGUCACAGUAUUUUUCACUUUUUAGUAAUUUUUGGUAUUAUUUUUUCACUUCAGAUGAUCGAAAAUUGCAUCUGACCUUGGACUGGCAGCAUUUGGGAUUGCCCACAGAACUGAUUCACUACAUUCCUCCAAAUUUUUCUGGUGCAAUGGUAGCCUUACAAGUGCAUUUCUUGCUGAUUCCAUCCCUCAUGAGCAUCAUGGGAGCAGCACAGUACAUGAUGCAGGAUGCAGCCCUGCUGAGCUACAUUGACCAGCGUUUUCUGUCUCUGGAGAAGAGGCUGGAGAAGUGCAGCCAAGAUGUGCUGGAAUACGUGGAUGAGUUCCGGGAGUUCUCCAAGGCGGUGCUGUCCCGCCUAGCAGGGCUGAGCUCCGACAAAGCUGAGCUUAAGGGGGAAGUGGAGAAUUUGCUAACGAGGGUCGAGCACGCCCAGAGGGACAUCGACUAUUUUGGAUCUGUCAUGGACUCCAAUGCCUGCGUGGAAGUGCACGAGGACCUGCUGAAACAGCAGCUGCUGGAAGAGGCAGAAGAAAAAAAGAGACUUAAACUCAUGUUUAAUGCAAGUUGUGACCACAUGCUUGCAGGUAUUAGGUCCCUGAAGGUAGUUAAGAAGACUGGAGGGAAGCACGGCUCUUGGAUGAAAGAUCCUGGCAAAAAGCACGGGAAGAUUUAUUUGCUAAGUGGCUCUGUAAAUAAUGUGAUUUUGGAAUUUGCCAAUAUCAUGUCUUUCAUGGAAAACAACCAGACUCUGAAGGCUCGCAGAGUCCCCUUGCCACUGCCCUGGGAAGGAACUGGCCACGUCAUCUAUCAGGGCUUCCUCUUCUACCACAGACACGGCUCCUUGAACGAGAUCGUGAAAUUCGACAUCCAGAGAAGAAAUGUGGCUGACCAGAUGCUGCUGCCAGGGGCUGGGAGGAUUCCUGCCUACCAGCUCUCUCCACAGACAAAAAUAGACCUGGCUCUUGACGAGCAGGGGCUGUGGGCCCUCCACGCAGAACCAGAGACCGGGGGGAACAUCGUCCUCACCAAAAUCAACCCCGCGGCCAUGGCCGUGGAGCACAGCUGGGACACGCCCUGCAGCAGCCGGGAUGCUGAGGCAGCUUUCAUGGCCUGCAACACCCUCCACGUGGUCUACAACUCUCCUUCUGGGGGCUCCUCCCGCAUCCAGUGUGUCUAUGAUGUUUUGGGUGCUCUGAAUGCUCACACAAACCCAGGGCUGCACUUCCCAAAACGCCAGGGUGGCCACUCCACCAUACACUACAAUCCUAAAGAAAAGCAGCUCUUCGCUUGGGGUGAUGGGUCCCAGAUCAUUUACAAACUUCACACAGAGCAGAAAGUUUAAAACCUUUAGCAGCUUUUCAAGCAGACCUAAAAGCCACCAGUCCCAGGUCAACACAGCCUUUUAAUGUGUAUUACAAUUACAUUAUUCCCAGCUGUUACAACAUUCAUCCAUUUUACAUAACUUAAGACUUAUGUACCCCGGUAAUCUUAAUGCCCAACAAAGAAGAGUUGAAGACUGAAUUAAUAUAAAUUACACGAUGACUAAACACCACACAUGCACAACCCGUCUCCCCCCGCCUCCAAAUUAAAGUCUAAGGUUAAUUUUUUUUUUAAAAAUAGCCCAUUUCUGACACAUUCUCUUUCUAUUGAAACUAUGUUUUCUGUUUCAAUGCCAUGGAAAUCAAAUCAGAAAUCCUUCCUGUCCAAAACACAGUUUGACAACCUCUACUACUCUGAAGAUCACUACAGAAAGCCUUCUAGUAAGCUAUAUAAAAUCACAUGCUUCCAGAGAAAUUAGAUAUCAGUUUUUACAGGAGAGGUUUAUUUUACCACUCCUAUUCAUUGAACUUCUAGAGUAUUGCCAUGAAAAUUCCACAUUUCUUAUCCAUACAGCUGAACAGAUCACUGUGGAUCCUGCCAGUACCUUAGCUGCAGCCAAAUAUUCACUUUUUUUCAGCUUCAAGUCACCACUUCUCACUACUUUUAGAGCAGAUCACUGUUUGUGUGUCAGAAGGAAUGUUCCUAGGUGAACUCUUCUGUAUCACACACUACUGUUAAAGGUUUUACAUGUCACUCUGGUGUUUUUCUCAUUAGGUGUCUUUCAGCAUGCACUUGUGAGGCAUUUUCCCCAAUGUUUCAAGUCACUUCCAUUGAUUAUAGCAGAAUCUUUCUCAUCCUAUCCUCCACCUCCAGGAAAAGGUGGCUCAGAUGAGCACAGCAGUGCAGGUGAGGGCAUGGCACUGCUCAGUCUGGGGUUUGUCCAGGUAUUUUUGUUUCAAAAAUAAUGUUAAAAAUGUUAAAUAAUGUUUUAAAAAGAAAGGCUUUUAAUGUGAAAUACAGGUAUAGACUGUAUUUUUUAAUUUAUUUUAAUGACAGCUGCAUGUCUAAUAGCAAACAAACAAACACACCAAAAAAAUCCCCUCUGAAAAACCACAAAUAAUGGUACUUGAAAAGCAAUCCACAGCUGUUGCAACAGAAAACCCAUUUUGUUCAUUACUCUGAGAGAGCUUUUGUUCUGUUUAAAAAUAGCUUCCAGAGAACAGCCAGACAUCAGGGAAUGAUUUGAAAAGGGGUUCCAGAGUGCAAUUAGGAGUAUAUAGACUGCUGGGCUGCACCAGUGACACUGCCUUCAGCAGAAGGAGCUUUGUCAUUCUGAGCAGGGCUGGUGACUGGAGCACUGCUCCUGUGUCACAGCACAGCCACAGACACCCUCAGGCUGCAAGGGAGGUGGGCUGGCACUGCUUUCCUGGCUUAAAGUCAAUAUUUGGCCUUUUAUCCCUCCUCUGUAAAAUCACAAACAUGGAAAUGCAAAGUGGUAUCAGCCACCUCUGUGAGAACUUUUACUGGAAAGGAUGUGUAACUUUCUUUAUUUAAGAAAUAAAGUCUUUGAGUGUAAAUAGGGAUUGAAUCUGCUUUUUAGAAAUGGGUUUCUUUGGAUGUGCUUUGGGCCACACUAUUACUCAGCAGAGGAAGCCCAUGUCAUUAUUCUAUAGAAAGAUUUCAAUGUGCAAUCCUCAAAAGUUCAGGCAGGGUUUUCUUUGAGCCUUGCUGACCUGGAAAUCCAAAUUUCAUGAUGAAUUAAAGCCCAAGAGGGGGUGGAGCACCCAGACAUCCCAUCAACAACAAAGUGAGGCAGAGCCAGCCUGCACAAGAGUUCCCAGCACUCUGUAAAAGAACUGCACAUUGUCAAACCCUGCCUGGGCCCUGCUUCCCCAUGGCUCUGUGCCAGGAGCAUGAGGACACCCCAUGUCCUCUGCAUGGAGCCCCAAGGACAGGGCAGGACAGCAGCUGGCAUCCUGGGGGCCACUGUGCCAGCACCACAGGAGGAGUCUGUGGGAGGCACUGAGGAAAGUCCCUGGAGGUGGAGAAGGGGGAGCACUUUUCAGUCUGACGUUCACUCUUGCUCUGUUUUAUAGUUUUAAGAUUAACUCUGGAGCUGCUUUUGUUUUUCUCACUCCCCAUGGAUAUUUUGGUGUCCCAUUCCUGUGCUCAUCCAGGAGUUUCACUGCCUACAUUUCACCUUGGCUGUGACAAAGACAAAAAUGAACUUAUAUCACUGCAGCAUUGCUCACACUCUUCCUGGAGCACAACACAGACCAGGCCACUGGUCCUGCAGCAGGGAAUAAGCUGGGAAACAGGCUGUGGGUUGGGGUAGCACAGGAAUUUUGUGGGCUGCAGUGGCAGCAGCAUCUCUGGGCUUACAGCACCAGUGACAGGUGAGGGAGUCACGUCUGCUCUGCUGAUCAGUGAACAUUCUUGUAAGAAAAAGGUGGCAGGCAUUCUCCUCCAGCUUCCUAGUAAUCUCUGAAAUAUAUAUGAUUUCAUUAAUUUUCAUAACUGAUAGCACACAAGCAGAUAUUUUUCAGAAAGUCAGAAGAGACAUUUGGUUAACUCCCGCAUGACAAAGGGCAAAAAAACACCAAAGACUGUCUGUUCAGAAAGAGAAAGGAAAGAAUGACAAAUAUCUCUACUGAAUAAUCUGCUCCAAGACAGCAGCCUCCAAAAGACAAGGACAAAGGACUGUCAGGAGGCAGGAGACAGCCAUGACAAGGCUGCAUGAAAGAGGGCAUUGACUUCCAGUUCAGGUAGAUUAUAUGAUUGUUACCAUGGAAAUGGAAUUGGUACAAGGGGAUGAACACAGAGGAGUCUUCAUCAGCAACAAAAACCACAAAUGAGUUUAUGACCUCCACCUUCACCAUCUAGAUAACAUCCAUUACUGUCCUUGUUAUUCAAGUCCUUUUAUGCUGCACUUUCUCCAUGUGCUCAUUUUGCCUGAACCACUGUGCUCAUUCCGUGUGAACCACUGGCUUCUUGCUUUUUCAUGUCCAGACCCUCCUCUAGAGGGGAAUUCGAUGCCCUCUGCUCUGACAGCAGGAUCAUCAUCAUCCAACAAAAGCAGCACUCCUCAGUGCUUUGGCUGUGCUGAAGGUCCCUCACCCCUUCAGUGACACUGCUGUCACCUCAUCCUUUUCCUGCAGCAGGUCGUGACUGCCCUUCCCAUGGUGAGAGCAGGAUUCAUUGCACACAUGCUCCUCAUUUCCCUGCCCUCCAUUCCCUCUGCCAUCUCUUCCCCAGAAAGGUGGCUCAGGUCAGAAUAAUCUGCAAUGAUUAUGUCCUGUUUGCACUUGGAGUAGUCAGAAUUAUCAUAGACAGAAAGGUUUUCAGCUUGCUCAGUUUAUUGACACCCCUGUGAUGAUUUAAGCUUUCUGACAACCGUGUACUUUCUUAUUUUAAUUUUGUGGAUACCAAGGAUCUGUGACUGCUAAAGGCAACUUACCAGCAGAGCAGAGUGUGCUGCUAGGAGCAUGCCAGUUUAACUGGGUUUAAUUUUACAGUGCCCAUCAGAGAUAAGCUUGUUUGUCAGAAAAUAAUCCUCCUGUCUCUUUUUCUUCUUCAUUCCCACCUGCCUGGAUCUGGAGGAUGAGAGCCUCUUUUAGCAUUCACUCAAGUAGGCACCAUUUCAGAAAAACACACACUACAUGUUUGUUACAGGUGGGUUUAUCACUACAAAAUGCAACUGCUGCCACCCUGCUCUGUCACAGUGCAUGUUUUUCCCCCUGUGCUGUUUCCCACUCAGUUGCAUGGAAGCUCAGCAAAGAAACAGAGCUUUAUCAUUCUGAGCAGGGUUCUGAGCAGAAUCAAAACCAUUAAAAUGCAGCUCUCUUAUUACUGAAGAAAUAGCUCCUCCUGAAGGUAGAAAUCAGGACCUGUGGCUUUUUGAGUUGUUUGAACUUUCCAUGGGUUUGGAUUGCAUAUAAGAAAAUAACAUUUUAUUACACUUCCACCAGAUUGAGCCCUGAGCCAGAAAAACAAAUGUACAGAAUCCCAGAAUGAAUAAAGUUGGAAAAGAUCUCUGAGAUCAUAGAGUCCAAACUUUGACCAGAUACCACAAUACCUCCAGGGAUGGUCACUCCACCACCUCCCUGAGCAGCUCUUUCUUUCCAACCACCUUUCUGCUGGUGAUAUCUGGAUAUUGCUCAGUCUUCUUUCCUGAUGUUCAUACUGGCAGCAUAAACCAUGGGUGUCAUUUGUCUCAGAAUUUAUUAUUGUAAAAUGUAUCAAAAGCCCUUGUUGUUUUA